ACAGCCUUAGAAGUUAGAAAUACCCUCGACAGCCGAAACAGCAAAUAUAAUUCCAGAUCUAACGAAGACGUUCGCGAAAAGGGCUGCUAUAGACCAUCUAGCAGAAAUGAGCAAGUUUUGUAUUUUGAAACAUGUUUCGCGUAAGAAAAAAAUCCUAUUUCAAGAAAUUUCAUCCCCAUGCAGAUAUGCUAUUCCCCAGAAAGCAAGCGUACCUACACCUAUGCCUAUGACUUGUCAUCCAGUUUGCCUUAGAGCGCAGUGGCAAGUGGGGAACUUUUUACUCGGCGUUUUUCCGGUACAGAACAAGUUAAACGUGUUAGUAAUUUGAAUAAACUUUCCUUUUAUAACGCUAAGUAGGCAUGAAUCAGUUUAAUCUUGCUUCAGCUGUCGAUGUUUUGGCCGCAACGACAUCGAAUUCACACGAUUGAUAUCAAAAAAAUAAUUGCGAUUCAACAGAGCUAUGCAAGUUAGAAAUGAAACACCAAGAGGACGAAAGACUUGAGAGAAUAAGUGUGAUGCUGGGAGGAGAAACGACGCGGUUGAAAGACAAUGGGAAAUAGAUAGAAUAAGUCGAAUAAAAUAAGUACCACACAACAUAAUGAGGAUCACGAGAAAGAGUCUUGGAUUUGGCGUUCAAAGCUUUUCAAAUUAUUAAUCAUCAUGAUCGAUAUUCUGUUGCGUCGUAUAGAAUUCAAAACGAAUACAUGACAUAACACACAAAGGCGUUCGAGAACUCAAGAAGUUUCCAAUUACCAAUCACGUGCUCAAACCUGUUUGACAGGUUUUCAUCCGGUCAGGUUUUCGAGUGUGCGUGUGUAUGGGAGAUUAGGACUUUUCAUUUUGAGUCCAAGAACAGUUUCUCUAUGCCUGGCUUAUCUGAUACCUGCCGUAUAUUUUGGAAGUUUCAAAAGAACAUAUACUCGAUUUUUUGCCCGUUUAUUACCUCUAACCAUUCAUGAGAUGAAAUGUUUGGUAUCGUGUUUCCAUAGGCAUAUCCAAUAUUUGCAUAAAAUAAUAUGGAGAUUUAACAUGAGGUCAUGAAAGUUGUUAAAGAGACGACUUGAUGGCGUGGCAUGUCCAUAUAUACAUAUGGACGAACACGCAGACUUUCAGUUCAUAACUAACUGGUCAUUGUCAAGAUGUCUGAGCAAUAUCUAGAUACACUAACCGCAAAUGAUCUUAAACAAAUCAUUGCCAAUCAACAAAACGAAAUCAACACAAAAGAUGAAAUACUGAAAAGAAUAGAAGACCUCUUCAGAAGGGUUUUCAACGAGCUGAAUAAACUUCGAUCUCGACCCAUGACAAAUGAACGUCUCAAAGAAGCCGGUGAGAAUAUUGCCGCUUUGAUCAAUGAGUUCGUCCUUGGUAUUGGCCCUCAAACGGCUUUGAAUAUCGAUAGCGUUAAUUCUGGGGUUUCAAGAAACGCUUCCGAUGCGGUUACCGAAGAAAAUACAGAGGAGGGAUCAGAACUUACACAUCCGAACAUUGGCAUUACAAUUCGAAAACUCUGUGAAAUGGUUAUAAAACUCUUCGAGCAAAUCGUGCAAAGUGGCCACCAUGUCAAUGAGGUCAAAGAAACAUCAGCCAGCAGAGAAAAUGAGCUGGUUUCGAAGUUGAAGAAGUGCGAAGCAGAUUUGAAGAGUGAAAACGAAGAAAAGGAAAAGAUCCAGAAACAACUGAGCGAAUCAAACCAAGAAGAGUGUGAACGUCUGAGACGUGAGAAUCAAUCACACAUGGAUGAAAUACACCGGCUUGAAAGUGAAAAAAAAGAUCUUGCAAGAGUAAUUCACAAUCUCCUGAUGGAGAAGAAGGAGAACAACAUUUUUUGUAAAAAGUUGCUGAAUUCACUCCAAAAGCUCUUUCGUGCCCUUGAGACCCACCAACCGGGAAAUCCUUUACCAGAACUUGACCAAGGAGAUACAAUCCAAGAAUUAGAAUUAGACAAUUCAAAUUUCCAAGCACAACAAGUUGCUGAAAAAGACGCCAUGAUAGCCAUGUUUAUAGACACUUUGAAGGCGUACGUUGAUGAUUUCAAGAAUGAGUACAAGGAGAAGGAAAAGAUCCAGAAACAACUGAACGAAUCAAACCAAGAAAGCGAACGUCUGAGACUUGAAAAUCAAUCACACAUGGCAACCAAACGAAAUCUUGAAAAUGAAGUUGAAAGAAUGAACAAACUUUUAAAUGAGAAAAACAAGAGUAAUUUCAACAUUGGUCUUCCAUUCCGUCAACCGUUUGGAUCAAGUGUACCUUCCCGGAGUUUCUUCCACGACCGAAACCCAGCGCCAAAAGACGGCGGUGGUGGAGUGAACGGGUCGACUGGUGGCACUCGACAAACAAAUACGUCGAGUAAUCCACCCAAGUCAUCACCAAAUCUGAUUGAAUGCCCGUACUGCUCGAGAAAUUACCCUUACCAUUUAAUUGAAGGUCACGUACAAGAUUGUAUGGAGGAUAGUCUGAACAUGGACGAUUGAAUGAACUUUAACCGCAAACCACGAAAAAUAUAACCCUAAUUUCCAAUAAUUUCUUCUCUCAAAUGAAAAAAAAUUUUAUGUGAUUCGCUAACGAAACGAACCCGCCAAAAACUCAACACGGGCUCAUGAACACCUUAUGCCAUUAGAGCAAGCAUCAUUAUGGACCACGAUUGAAUAAUUUAGCUUGUUUUUUUUCAAUUACAGGGUUGCGUGGCUAGCACCUGGUAUUACAUUACCUAUAUUCACUAGAUUUUGUAGUUUAACUUAUUCAUCAAAAAAAAAAAAAAUAAAUGCAAAAGCGA